AUCCAUUUUAAAGCCUAAUUGCGUUAAUUUUGUUUUUGCCGCACUAUUUCUAGGUUAUAUUUACGUCAAUUACGUGGGGAUAAACGCAAAGUUACUAAAAAAAUGAGGUUGUGAAACCGCUUGUUUUGGCGCCAAUUUUUCACCAACUGUUAAUUCUUUGUGUUGUGUUCUUCAUUAGUUAAAUUACUACUUAGGUUGCCACAGAUUUUGUUGAAAAUGUCUCACAGGCCUGAAGAUGAGUCUCCGCAACCCACCCCUCGGUCUAACAUGUCUUCACCACCGCGUGAAUUGGAGCCCUUUGAGGAUGAGGGGGCUCUGUUCGGGGACGGGAGCCCCAUGGAGGAGGAAGAAGGGGAGGAAUUGUUCGGGGACAAUAUGGAAAAUGACUAUCGCCCAAUGCCCCACUUGGACCGUUACGACGAGCGCAACCUCGACGACGAAGAGUACGAAAUGAUGUCAAUUGGCGACCGAAUGGCCGCAGAAGAGGAUCUCCGUCGUCGCGACCGCGAAAUGGGGAUCAUCCGACGCGACGACAGGGAAUUAUUUUAUGACGAAAGUGACGACGAAGCUGACCCGAGGAGAAAACGCAGAAUGGCCGAAAAAGCAGCCGCUGGUGAGACAGAAGACGCCGAAAUGAUUGAGUCGAUUGAAAAUCUGGAAGACACCAAGGGGCACACUAUCAAAGAAUGGGUUUGCAUGAUUGGGCCCAGAACUGAAAUUGCCAACAGAUUCAAAAAUUUCCUAAGGACGUAUAGUAACAACAGAGGCCAGUAUGUGUUUCAAGAGAAGAUCAGGCGGAUGUGUGAGAGCAAUAAGUCGAGUUUUACUGUCGAAUUCCCGUACUUGGCGAAUAAGGAACACGUUUUGGCGUAUUUUCUGCCAGAAGCUCCGUUCCAAAUGUUGGAAAUCUUUGAUGAAGUUGCGAAGCAAAUUGUACUUUCGAAAUAUCCGAGUUACGAGAGGGUGACUAAUGAAAUUCAUGUCAGAAUUUCUGAAUUGCCGCUAAUUGAGGAGCUUAGGACCUUCAGAAAGCUUCACGUCAACCAAUUGGUCCGCACAGUGGGCGUAGUGACCGCAACAACUGGUGUUUUGCCCCAACUUUCGGUCGUGAAAUUCGACUGUAACAAAUGUGGCUUUAUUUUGGGCCCUUUUGUGCAAAAUCAGCACAGUGAGGUCCAGCCUGGAGUUUGUCCCGAGUGUCAAAGCAGCGGUCCUUUUAUGAUCAAUAUGGAACAAACAAUUUAUCGCAACUACCAAAAAAUCACGCUUCAAGAGUCCCCUGGUCACAUCCCCGCCGGACGAGUGCCCCGUUCCAAAGACUGCAUUCUCCUCGCCGACCUCUGCGACCUUUGCAAACCUGGAGACGAAGUCGACGUCACCGGAAUUUACUCAAACAACUACGACGGAGCUUUAAACAUCGAUAACGGCUUCCCGGUGUUUUCCACCGUCAUUUUCGCCAACCAUUUAGUGGUAAAAGACUGCAAACAAAUCGUGCAAUCCCUCACAGACGAUGAUGUUAAUGCUAUAAGAAAAAUGAGCAAAGAUCACAGGAUUGCUGAUCGCAUAAUUGCAUCAAUCGCGCCCUCUAUCUACGGUCAUGAUUACAUCAAGAGAGCCCUAGCUUUGGCUUUGUUCGGGGGAGAACCCAAAAAUCCCGGUCAGAAACACAAAGUAAGAGGGGACAUAAAUGUGCUAAUUUGCGGUGAUCCUGGAACUGCCAAAUCCCAGUUUUUGAAAUAUGUGGAGAAAAUUGCACCGAGGGCUGUUUUCGCCACUGGGCAAGGGGCCAGUGCUGUGGGUUUGACGGCCUAUGUGAGGAGGAAUCCGGCCUCUAGGGAGUGGACUUUGGAGGCGGGGGCGCUAGUAUUGGCGGACCAGGGGGUUUGUCUCAUCGACGAGUUUGACAAGAUGAAUGACCAGGACCGGACUUCAAUCCAUGAAGCGAUGGAGCAACAAUCAAUUUCCAUAUCAAAGGCCGGUAUAGUGACAAGUCUGCAAGCCCGAUGUUCGGUCAUAGCGGCGGCGAAUCCAAUCGGAGGCCGCUAUGACGCCAGUAUGACUUUCGCCGAAAAUGUGAACCUCUCAGACCCAAUUUUGUCACGUUUUGACAUCAUGUGUGUGGUGAGGGACGAGAUUGAUCCGAUCCAAGACCAACAUUUGGCGAAAUUCGUGGUCAAUUCGCACAUCCGACACCAUCCGUCGAAAAAAGGCGAGACUUUAGAAAUCGAAGACAGCGAUAAUGACCUAACCAUUCCUCAGGAAAUGUUACGCAAAUACUUGGUCUAUGCACGUGAAAACAUCCACCCGAAAUUGCAAAACAUGGACCAGGACAAAAUCGCUAAUAUUUACAGUCAGCUGAGACAAGAAUCUUUGGCUACUGGUAGUUUGCCUAUUACGGUUCGCCAUAUUGAAAGCAUAAUUCGUAUGGCCGAGGCUCAUGCCCGCAUGCAUUUACGCGAGUACGUGCAAGAGGAGGAUGUCAAUAUGGCCAUUAGGAUGAUGUUGGAAAGCUUUGUCGAGACACAGAAAUACAGUGUGAUGAAAUCGAUGAGACAAAUUUUCCAACGAUAUCUCGUCUUCAAGAAGGACCAUAGCGAAUUACUGUUUUAUAUUUUGAGACAGUUGGCACAAGACCAGUUGACAUUUUUACGAGGAACUGAUGAAUCUCAUGCUCUUGUGAUUGAAAUCGAUGAAAAGGAUUUGAAGGAUAAAGCCAAACAACUGGAUAUUCAUGACUUGAAACCGUUCUAUCAAAGCCGGAUUUUUGAAAACAAUAAUUUCGUUUAUGACGCUUCAAGGAAAGUUAUUAUUCACACAGUGCCAGAAGCUGUGACUGCAGAAUAUUAAACUUAUUUUUAUUUUUAAAGUACCGUUUUUUUAAUGUUCCAUAGCUCUACUUUUAAUACAGUUUUUUAAAUUUA